GGUCAGCAGUUUAAAUUUGUGUCUAUGACACUUAUAGCUGGUGAGGAAAAAUCCAAGUGAAAUUUACAAAAAAAGAAAAUGAGUGAUAGCAAAGCCCUUGAACUAUUGUUCCAACGUCCUUUGGAACCAGUCUUUACUUCGAGAGACAAUGGUAAGGCUGCCUUGGAUCUACCCGAUAGUUACUAUACCGAACGCUACAGUAGCUCUAAUGUGGAACUUCAGAGCCGUUUCGGGGACAAUGUGGAAAUUAAGAUUCCAUUGCGAGAUAUUCCCCAGAAGCCCAAUUUAGCUUUCGCCCAAACAAUUCGUAGAAGACAACAAUUCUCUUUGUUCCAAGAUCACCAUAAGAUGGUUGCCAGCCGUCUUAUUACCAUGUACAUGGAGUGUCCUGAUGUGCAAAGUUUUGCAUCAUUGUGUGCCUACACCAAGGACCGCAUUAAUCCUAUGUUGUUCCAGUACUGCUACUCAGUGGCCAUACAACAUCGUCGUGAUACCCGCAGUGUUCAAGUGCCACCAGUUGCAGAAACAUUUCCUUCCAAUUUCGUAGAACCAUCAUUGCUGCAGGAUGCUCGUGAGGAGGCCUCACUCAUACCAGACCAAAACCAGCGUACUCCCAUUGAAAUUCCCAGAAAUUAUACUGCCUCAGAUCGCGAAGACGAGCAACGCUUGGCCUAUUUCCGUGAGGAUAUCGGUGUGAACAUGCACCACUGGCAUUGGCAUUUGGUUUACCCCACUGAGGGACCCCGUGAGAUUGUUGACAAAGAUCGUCGCGGUGAAUUGUUCUACUACAUGCAUCACCAGAUCCUGGCUCGCUAUAAUGCUGAACGCUUCUGCAAUAAUUUGAAACGGGUGGAAGUAAUGAACAACUUGCGCGCUCCAAUUCCCGAGGGCUAUUUCCCCAAGCUGUUGAGCAGUGUGAACAAUCGUACAUAUCCUGCGCGUACAUCCAACACGGCAUUGCGCGAUAUGAAUCGUGAGAAUAAUGUCCUCGAAAUUGCUGACUGCGAAAGAUGGCGUGAUCGCAUUUUGGGAGCCAUUGACAAGGGUUAUGUGGAGGAUAACUCUGGUAAUCGCGUUAAUUUGGAUGAUGUGAAGGGCAUUGACAUUUUGGGAAAUUUGGUUGAAGCCUCAUCGCUAUCUGUUAACCGUCUUUACUAUGGAAAUCUCCAUAACAUGGUUCACAAUCUUAUAUCUUACGCCCAUGAUCCAGAUGCGCGGCAUCUGGAAGAGUAUGGUGUAAUGGGUGAUGUCACCACCGCCAUGCGUGAUCCUGUCUUCUACAAAUGGCAUGGAUACUUAGAUACUAUAUUCAAUAAAUUCAAGAGUCUACUCCCACCAUAUGGCGCCAAUGAACUCAACUACCAGGGCAUAACCAUCAAUAGCAUUGAGACAAAAAUCAAUUCUGGCAGCUCUAAGUCGCUUCCCAAUGUUCUCCUGACAUAUUGGCAAAAGUCCAAUGUCGAUAUUGCCGCUGGCCUUGACUUUGGGCCGAAUGGCAGUGUCUAUGCCAGUUUCACCCAUUUGCAGCAUGCACCAUUUGAGUACGUUUUUCAGGUUACCAAUGAGUAUGAUAGCAACAAGAAGGGAACAUGCCGCAUUUUCUUGUGUCCCAAGACCAACGAGACUGGAGCUGCACUAAAUUUGGAAGAACAACGUGUAAUGGCCAUAGAGAUGGAUAAAUUCACUGUUGAUUUGGUACCUGGCAAGAAUACUAUUCGUCGUAGCUCGGAUCAAUCCUCUGUUACAAUUCCUUUCGAAAGAUCCUUCCGCAAAGUGGGUCCAAGUCAUCAGCCCAAGGAUGCCAGUGCAUUGGCCGCAUUCCAAUUCUGUGGUUGUGGUUGGCCUGAACAUUUGCUUGUGCCCAAAGGCAAACCUGAAGGUAUGGCCUUUGACUUGUUUGUCAUGAUUUCCGAUUAUGCCAAUGAUUCCGUGGAACAGACCAAUGAUAGUCCCGAUACUUGUGGUGAUGCCUAUUCCUUCUGUGGCUUGAAGGACAAGAAAUAUCCCGAUAGACGCACAAUGGGCUUCCCAUUCGAUAGACGCUUGCCUGGAAAUAAUAUGGAGGGCUUUGCAUCAUCCUUCUCAAAUUUGAAGAAGACUGAUGUUAAAAUUAUCUUCAAUGAUCGAGUUGUUGUUAAGGAAUAACUUUGGAUCUUAAUCAAUUCCUCCUAAAAAAAGUGGUUUUCAAUUAAAAACUGUAAUCAUUAUCAUUAAAAUCUAUAUAUAAAAGCUACAAAAAUAUGAA